GGAGAGGGUGCGGCGGCCGGUAGUGCUGGUGGUGCUGGUGGUUACAGUCCGACUCCAUUGCUGCAGCUGCACCAGCAGCAGCAGCAACAACAGCAACAACAGCUAUGGUCCCCUGCAACGGGUCAGUCCGCAUCCGCAUUUGCAUUGACGGCAGCAGCAGCAGCCGCAGAAGGGCAGCGUCUUCUGGGUACGGCUUUCUCCGGGGGCUUAGAGCCGGGGCUGUCGCCGGCUGCCUCCGCGCUGCCCCCCGGGGUGCCGCUGUAUCAUGGCUUGCCGCUGCCGCCGCUGCCGGAAGGUACCACUGCUACUGUUGCUGCUUCUGCUACUGUUGCUGCUGCUGGGGCUGCUGCCACCAGCCUCACAUCGGAGUUAGAGCCGGUGACGCAGCUGCAGCCACAGCAGCAGCAGGGGCCGCUGUCCCCGACUGGGCCGCUAUCGCCCGUUCACCCGGUGUCGCCGAGCUACCUGCAGCAGCAGCAGCAGCACCAACUGCAGCAGCAGGAGCAGCCAUCCGGAGACCUGCCGGAGGGAGUCGACCUGGACCCCAUGCUUGUGCGCACCCGGCCGCUGCAGCGCACGCGCUCCUCGCGCUUCCUGUCCGAGUGCGGCAACCUGCCGCGCAGCUUCCAACGCGCCCGCAGCCACGCAGCGCUCACCACCCUGGCGGCCGCGGCGGCAGCGGGUGUGGGCCUGGCGCCGGGUCUAGCCGCGGGCCUGGCUGCGGGGGUCGAGCCGGCAGUGCAGGGUGCAGGGCUGGGUGUGGGUGUGGGCGCGGGUGUGGGCGCGGGUGUGGGCGCGGGCGCGGGUGUGAGUGUGGGUAGGUGGUUGAGUAGUCACGGUCAAUGGGAGGGCGGCAGCGGGCACAGGAGCUUCGGGGCUAGGGCGGGAGGCAGCAUGCGGGAUGUGAGCGGACGCCGAGUGUCCAUGGGUGUUGGUGGAGUUGGAGGAGGAGAUGGGCGGUAUUAUGGUCCUGGGGGCGGCGGCUUGGUUCAUCCGGCGGGUGUGGCGGGUUUUGGAGCUGCGGAUGUGUCGAUCCGCCCGCAUUCACCCGUGGCUGGAAUGCCUGGGGGGCUGGUUUGGGGUGGUGGCGCUGGGGGCUACAUGGCGGCGGAUGGGAGUCAGCGGGGAGGGUUGUACGGCCCCGUGCAGCAUGCCCCAUGGGGGCCGCCGCAUGGCACGAUGCUGCAUGCGCACCCGCUGUCGGAACAGAGCUUGAGCCCCACGCGAGAUUCCAGCGUUCGUGGUUCGGAUGCGGGUCUCCAACAGCAGCAGCAGGUGUUGGCGGGGCUGGCGAUGAUGGGGAGUGCGCGGCGGGGUAGCUUGGACGUGGCGGCGGCGGCGGGACGGUCCUCCCCGCCACCGCGAGCGGCGGCGGCGUCAGCAGCCACAUCGCCGACGUCAGCAGGGCGGGUGACGGCGGCGGCGCCGGCGGCAGCUGCCUUGCGUGUCGUACGUUCGGUACAUGCAGAUCUCGCCAGCAUGGGCAGUAGCGCUGCGGCCGGCAGUCCGUGGUCGCCGCCGAGAGGGCGCUUCAGUGAGGCGACGUCGCGGUCGAGGCUUCUAUCCGGUGGCGGCGGCGGCGGGGCCGGCGCCGCCUGGUUGGACGGCAGCGGUGGCGGCACUGGCGCAUUCCGCAGCGGCGCCGCCUCGCCAAGGCUUCCGUCGCGACGUCUGGCGAGCGGCGACCUGCAAGACGACAUUCCUGACGCGGCCACCGCCGCCGCCAUCGCCGCCGCGGCAGCGGCGAUGUUUCGCGGGCGGGAUUGUGCCGUACCGCCGCCGCCGACGUUUAUCAACAAGAUCUUCCAGGCCGCUGGCGUUCCCCUGCCGCCGUCGUCACCAGCAGCGACGGCGGCGACGGCAACAGCCGUCGGCUCUGCCGGCGGCGGCGGCGUCCUGGGGCUCACCAUCCAGGCCCCUGCAUGUACGGCAUGCAGUUGCGCAACAUGCUCGUACUGCGGACGUACUGUCGUACCGCCAUCAGCGCUGUCAGCCAUGGCAUCAGUACGGAACCAAGUCGCCGACGCUGCUGCCGCCGCCGCGACGGCGCCGGCAGCUCUGUCCGCCGCCGGUUCUGCGGUGCUCCAGCGCGGCCAUAGCGGCGCAUGUACGGCAAACCAAGCCAGCGGCCAGCUGCCUGACGGCACCGCCGCUGUGACGGCGGCGACGGGGGCGGAGGGCGAGGGGGACAUCCCCUUGUCACCUAUGGAUUCCUCGCUGGUAGACCUGCCGCCGGGGGUCCCCCUAGACCAGGACCUCACGCACCAGGCCACCUCCAAGCUUUCCGCCGGCGGAGGAAGCGCCGCCGCCGCCGCCGCCACCGCCGCCGCCGUGGCGCACUGGGAUAGCAAGUGGUCAGCGGCGGCCGCGGCGGCGGCAGCAGCUACAGCGCCAGCCCCCUCGAGCCCUGCAAGGCCGCCUCCGGGCUACCUGGACACCCGCUUUUCGCGUGUGCUGCCGGGUCCGUUGCUCAUGAAACCGCCGUCCGGACGCCUGCCGAUGCCUCCGUUCGUGUCGCCGGGGGCGGCGCUGGCGGCGGCGGCUGCGGCGAUAUCGGAGGAGGAGCCGGCGGAUGUGGCGGCGGCGACAGCGGCGGAGGGCGAGCGGGCGGGUUCGGGGACGCAUGCGGG